ACUAAAGCGAUCGAUCAGCGGUCGCUGGAUCAAAAUUUAAUUUGGUUUAUGUUAUUCUAAAAGGCAUUGUAUUAUGGAAGAAAAAGAGCUUUACUUUGCCUUUGGGUCAAAUCUGAGCGCAAGAAAAAUGCGGGAACGUGGCACAAGAUUCAUYUCUCGCGAAAGUGCUAUGCUUCGAGGGUUUCGGGUAGUAUUCAAUAUAUGGAAAGACGAUGGCUUUGGAUAUGCAAAUCUUGUUCCAGAUAASGAUUCAACCGUUUAUGGUGCGCUGUACGUCUGCUUGAAAGGGAGUUUAUCUAAGUUAGAUGAACACGAGGCAGGCAGGCUUCGAAGAGUUAUAGUACGGGUGGAAAAGAAAAGCGGCCAAAUCGUGGAUGCUACAGCGUACAAAGCGAAUGAAGAGUUUGUUAAGGAGGGACUAAAGCCAAGUCAAAUUUAUCUCAACCAGAUACUUGAAGGAGAAGAUCUUAUUCCUAAAGAAUAYGCUGACUACUUUAGAAAUCUCUUGCGUGACAAAACUGAGUAGACGCCGUAACCGUCACGCMACGAUGUUGAGUCACGCUUGGAAGAAAACAUCUCAAAGAAAGAAAAAAAGGCGCUGAUGUAGACAAUCGUUAGCCUACGUAGCGGCAUUAAGGGAAUUUUGGAGGUCCUGGACUGUUGUGAUUAGAUUGUCCCCACACAAUGCUUAUGUCUUUCUGACUAUGCUUUAGAUGCAUUAACUUAUUAUGUAUAUUCGUCAUAAAAUCCUUCUAGCGAAUCUAGUAUGUCCUCCAUGUCUUCACACUUUAUUUUUUCUUUGAUAUUCUUUUGUUUUUCUUGAGAUUCUGUUCUGUUUUGAUUCGCUGAAAGUGAAAAAAAAAAGUUUGUAUUUCACCAUGAUGAAAUGUUGUGAUAUAAAUAAGUUGCAGAUAGACAGGCACACUUGAUACUUGUGUGAGAGAUACUUUCCAUGCAUGAUAAAUUAACCGUUGGUCCACCACCGUAAAUUGCCCGUUCCAAAAUUCAAAAAGGGACUGGUGACUAGAAACGAACUUUAUACUGUUUGAAGCAAUCAAAAAACAGACACCAGGACAAGAGAGAGCAUACUAAAAUUAGUAAAGCUGCUGAGUUUGAGAGUAUUCGGAUUAAUAAYUACAGAGUUUCAAGCGUUUAAAACUC